UUGGGGUUUAUACAUAAUUGGGUUAUUGGCUGUUAUAGUUUCAAUGGAGUUCCAGCAGAGGAGCGUUUGCAUUGGCGGUCCUUUUUAGUGAAGCUAGGUGCUGAUAAUCUUAAAGGUGUCAAGAAUGAGGAGCUCCUUGUUGCAUGCCACAAAUCAGUUUAUAUCACGUACACAGUUUUUGGGGAUGUCAGUAUAUUUGUUGUUGGCAAGGAUGAGUAUGAUGAACUAGCCUUGGCCGAAGCUCUCUUUAUUAUAACCUCAGCCUUGAAGGAUGUAUGUGGAAAACCUCCAACUGAGCGACUAUUCCUUGACAAAUACGGAAAGAUUUGCUUGUGCCUGGAUGAAAUUGUGUGGAGGUGAGUAAUUUUCUUCUUUUAGACCGAGGCUUGAUUAUAUUUAAAGGGCCUGUUUGAAAGGCUUGUGAAAAGUAAAAAUUACUUCUGAAACUAAGAAACUUCUUUUGGGCUUAUUUGGAUAAUUUUUUAGAAGUUCUUCCUCUAGAUAGAAGAGUAUUUUCAAAGGAAAUUGGUCCACUAUGACUUUAUUACGAAACUCUUUUAUAAAAAGUAGAAGUCCUACCAAAUAGGCCCUAACUUCCUUGAUCAAGUACUCGAGUGCAAGUUUUUCAU